AUGAAUGUUUAUCGAUCAACCUCCAACAACUCCCAGCCUCUGGUGAUGACUCUCAGCCUCGAGCAACAGCUCCUGGCCUCCGGUGAUGACUCCCAAUCUUUGGUUGAACUCCCUGCCUGGCAUUGUGACCUCCUGGCUGACAUAGCAGCCUCCCAUGGCAGCCUUUCAAAGUGGUCCCCUGGCAUUGCACCUUCUCAGCCCGACUUGGCAUCCUUUGCCCAGCAUGGUUGCCUGGAUCACUCUCCCGGUCUUGUGAUCCUCAAGCAUCCAAAUGGUAUUAUUCCCCUGGAGCUCAUCUCUGUCAUUAUAAUAUGCACCGUCCUGUAUAUGAAACUGAUGAGAUGGCUGGAAACCAGGAACUAUUAUCGUUUGGUAGCAAAAGUUCGCUUGAGAAGGGAAGCAGCAUUCAAGAAAAUGAAAAAUGCUAUUAAUCAGAUUAAAGAAAUGGAAACCUAUCAAGGAAACAGUGAUUCUGCCCACUUUUUCUCACUUCCUGAUCUCUGUAAAUCAAUAAACAAAGGGGAUGUAUCACCAAGUUACGUGUUGCAUGCUUAUCUGGAGCAGGCUUUGGAGGCCACAAGAAAGUUCAACUGCAUUGUAGACUUUCUUCCUGAAUGUCAAACACAACUUGCAGAUUUGCAUAAUGCAAAGAAAGGACUACUGUAUGGUAUUCCCGUCAGCAUCAAAGAAAGUAUUAACUACAAGGAUCAUGAUUCAACUUGUGGACUAAGGAAAUUCAUAAACAGACCAGCAAGUGAAGACAGUGUAAUAGUUAAAGUGCUGAAGAAACAAGGAGCAAUUCCAUUUGUGAAAACCAAUGUUCCUCAGACAUUACUCAGCUUUGAGUGUAGUAAUCCCAUUUAUGGACAAACCAUCAAUCCACUUAAUGCCAAACGGUCACCCGGUGGGUCAUCGGGUGGGGAAGCUACUUUGAUUGCAGCAGGUGGCUCCAUCCUUGGUAUUGGAACUGACCUUGGUGGCAGCAUACGCUUUCCUGCUGCUUGCUGUGGAAUCUGUGGUUUCAAACCAACUUCAAAUCGAUUAAGCAAGAUCGGAUUGACAGGAAAUAUGGCUGGACAGAAAAUAUUUGAGUCAAUGGUUGGUCCAUUAGCCAAAGAUGUAGAUAGCUUGGCAUUGUGCAUGAAAGCUCUCUUAUGUGAAGAUAUGUUCCAUUUGGAUCCCUCUGUGCCACCCAUUCCCUUCAAUGAACAGAUGUACACCAACACGAAACGAUUGAGGAUAGGUUAUUUUGAAAAUGAUGAGUAUUGGAUCCCGACCCCGAGCAUGAAGCGAGCCGUCCUGGAAACCAAAGAACUACUGGAAAAAGCUGGACACACGUUGGUAUCAUUCACACCACCAAACGUGUACAAUGCUAUGAAUGAACUAGUUUUUCCGGGACUUCUUGCAGACAAGUGUGUUACGCUUAUGGAAAGCCUUAAAGGAGAUGUCAUAGAUCCCAGUAUGAAGUUUCAGAUAUCCAUAUGUUCUGUGCCUGAAGCAAUGAAAAAGUUCUUGUAUUACAUUCUGAAGCCUUUUGUAAGUACAAACGUUUGCUCACAAAUGGAUUUGGCUGAGGGGAAAACAAAUAAGGCAUUAGAAAUAUCGGUUAAGGACCUAUGGAAGCUCCACUAUGCUGCAAUGGCCUACCGUGAUGAGUAUUUGAAUGCAUGGAGAAAGAACAACAUUGAAGUCCUACUCUGUCCAUCAAUAGGUCCUGCUUUUAAACUUGGGUGUGGUGGAAAACUGUCAGCUGCAUCUAGCUACACAAUUAUUUUCAGUUUAUUAAAUUGUCCUGCGGGGGUUGUGCCAGUUACCAAGGUAACAGAAGAGGAUGAGGAAGAGCUGCAGCUUUAUAAAGGCUAUAUAAAUGAUUUCUGGGACAAAGUUUUCAAAAAGGGUGUGACAGGCGGUGUUGGUCUCCCUUUAUCUGUACAGUGUGUGGCCUUACCCUGGCAUGAUGAGCUCUGUCUUUGUUUCAUGAAGGAGGUGGAAAGACUGGUCAGAAAGAGAAAAGGAACCCUGGAGCCACUGGAUCUGAGUCGCCAAAGUAUUGAUGCAUGA